AUGACAGUCUGCUUGGCAUAUUCCUCCAUGCUAGCCGUCCAAAAGGAAAGAGAAGAAAAGCUAGCAAGAUCACUGAAAAGUUUUCUUAAUCAUUACAUUCAAGGUGACAAAGAGGGAUUCUUACAGCAUGCAGAAUCUGAAGCCAGACGGCUUUCUAAUACAGCUUUUGGAGUGGACAUAUUACACACAAUUGGCUGCAUAUAUUCGAGACAAGCAGCACAAGAGCUUGGAAAGAAAGCUAUUUAUCUUGGAAUGCCAUUUUUAGCUCAGUGGGUUAGGAAGAAGGGACAUUUCUGGAAGUCACAGCUAACUGCAGCAAAAGGUGCCCUUCAGCUGCUGCAACUUCAAGAAGACAUCCAGCGGCAACAUAAAAUGGAUGGAAGCGGCCCUGAAAAUGAUGUUGAAUCUCACAUACGCCUAAAUAAAGACACAUUGAUGAACUCGCUAUGGAAAUUGAAUGUAGUUGAUAUUGAAGUAACCCUAAUGCACGUGUGCCACAUGGUGCUAAGGGAAAACCAUGUUAGAAAGGAAGAACUUAAAGCUCGUGCUUUUGCUCUAAAACUUCUUGGAAAGAUAUUUCAGCAUGAACAAAGUGGAGGAACAUCGAAGAAGAAAGAUGCUGGGGAUGGAGAUGAUGAUGGAAGCACUUCUGAUAGCAGUUCCUAUGAUGACUCGCCAAGACCACUUUCAUAUCGAAUUCCCCUACUCACUCAGGGUUUUGGUAGACUAUUUAGAUGCCUCUGUAAUCCAGCAUUUGCCGUGGAUGAUGAAGAAAUUGUGCAUAAAAGCAAAUGACGAUUUAAGGAAGGGGCUGAGUACAAGAAAAAUGCCAAAGGUCUUCUUGUUGAAAGCAGAGAGAGUUCUGUUCCAAUUGAGACUGGUGCAAGCCAUGACUUUGUAUUGUGUGGUCAUACAUUUGAAUAGGAGCACAUUAACGAUGCCUUAGAUAAUCUGAUUUUAAAGUGGCCUUGUAGUGUUCUUGUUUUUCACAGGAUGAUGACCCCUCAGGAUAAUUAAAUUUGAGGCAUAUAGACAGGAGUUCUCAAGCAACUACG